UUCCCGUGCUACCCAGACGAGCAAAAUAGACUGUUCCACAGCCAAUACACUCGCAGCGCACGCUUCCUUCAGUUGAGAUUGCACGAUCUCUCGUAGCAAAAGUCAGUUGGCUAAAGGCAAAGAGGGUGGCUGCUUCUCUGUUCUCCUCUGAUUUCUUCAGUGGUGUGUCGUCUCUAACUUACCUGGCACUAUGGAAAGGUGUUGACAAAGUGGGCACUACUCACCAAAACUUUACCCGAAUGAUAGAAUCGAAGUGGCCGGCGAGGCCAGGUGAAUUAAGGUGGCGUACGUGUGAUUACUUGUUGUACGCAAUGUACAAAAAUUUGAACACAAUAAGUCGGGUUGUAUAAAACGUGUACAUAUUACAACUCGACAUGGCCUUAAGUGUAGUGUACUCCACGUUCUUCGUCCUCGUCAUCAGGAUAGCUACAGGUAUUCAAAUAGACAGAGGAUAUCAAGUUGCACUGAUAGAGGCACUUAAUGUAUACAACACAUCUUACAGAGGCCUUGACUUAACCGAUGGUUACCAUGGUAAUAAUAAUAAUUACAGAUAUUCGCCAGCUGUAUUGCUAAGAGGAGAUCUAAGGGAACUUAGAUUACCCACGGAAACCUGUAAGAAAGCAUUGAGUAUACUCUCGCGAAGCAACGAAUUCACUCUUAUGGCUACUUUGAGGCAAGAACAGAGGAAUGCUGGCACGAUAUUGGCUUUUUCUGAAGGUAAUAGCAGGUUUUUAGAAUUGCAAAGCAGUGGAAGAAAAAAUGAAAUUAGAUUGCAAUAUUACCAUAACAACCUGAGCCACAUGGAAACAUUUCCUUAUCACUUAGCUGAUAAUAAUUGGCAUAAACUUUCAGUAACUGUUAGUGGAAAUAAUGUUGCCAUUUAUGUGGACUGCAGUCUUAUUUAUAAAAGAGUUAUUAAUGACAUUGAUAGGAGUUUUACCAAUAGGAAUAUCACUUUAUGGCUGGGACAAAGAAAUACCAAGCACUUCUUUUUCAAGGGAUCUUUACAAGAUGUUAGAAUAAUAGGAAGGCCUCAUGGAUACACAUUGCAGUGUUCUAAUUUAGCAACUGAGUGUCCAACAUGUGGUCAAUUCAGAGAACUUCAAAUUUCAGUAAAAGGAUUAGAAAAUCAUUUAAAAGAACUUAUUGAAAGGUUAGCUCAAGCCGAACAACGUAUUUCAGCUGUAGAGGAAUGUGAAUGCCAAAAGAACUGUUUUGUUAAUGGAUCUAUACAUAGAGAUGGAGCUAGAUGGAAACACAAUUGUGAUAUAUGUAAUUGUGUGCGAGGAGUUUUAAAAUGCAGUCCUAUUAAAUGUGGUCCUUCUCAAUGUAAGAAUCCUGUAAUUUUGGAAGAUGAUCCAUGUUGUCCAGUUUGUCGUAAAAAUUGCUUACUAGAAGGAAUUGAAUAUGAUGAUGGAGAAACAUUCACUCCUCGGGAUGAUUGCACAGUUUGUACAUGUGAAGAUGGUACUACAACAUGUAGAAGAGAGACUGCUUGUCCAGAAUUGACUUGUCCAGAAAGUGAGCAGUUUAAAGCUGCAGAUGAAUGUUGUACAUAUUGCCGUGGAAUGGACUUUUGUUCUCAAGGACAUAAAUGUCAUGUUAAUGCUACAUGUAUAAAUCUUUCAACAAAACAUAUUUGUCAAUGUAAUAGUGGAUAUCAAGGAAAUGGAACUACCUGUGAUGAUGUUGAUGAAUGCAAGACUGAAGGAGGAUAUUAUGGCCAUCACUGCAGAGUGAAUACAACAUGUGUUAACAUUCCAGGUUCUUAUGUCUGUGAAUGUCUGGCAGGUUAUAAAAAGUGGGAUACUUUUACUUGUAAAGAACAUGAUGAAUGUAGUUCCAAUGAACAUAAUUGUGAUAAAAAUGCAAUCUGUAUCAACACUGAUGGCAGUUAUCUUUGUCGAUGUAAGGAAGGAUAUAUAGGGGAUGGAUUUGUUUGCAAUCCUGUAUGUAAUCAAACAUGUGUAAAUGGAGGUCGUUGCAUUGCACCAGGUGUGUGUGGAUGCAGAAGAGGCUAUACUGGAAAUAGUUGCGAAAUUGAUAUUGAUGAAUGCAGUUUGGGUCUUCAUAGUUGUUAUGCUAAUGCUCGAUGUGUUAAUAUGCCUGGUUGGUACUUCUGUGAAUGUAAACAUGGAUUCCAAACUCGUUAUAGGAACAAUUCAGGAAUAUUAUGUGAAGAUAUUAAUGAAUGUGAAUUAGGUAUUCACACUUGUCAUCCAUCUGCAACCUGUGUUAAUGAAGAAGGCAGCUUUAGUUGUAAAUGCCAAAAUACAACAACUUGUUCUCUUAAUUGCCUAUAUUAUGAAGAAGAAAAAUAUAAUGGGGAGAAAUGGAUAUCACCAACAAAUCUUUGUCAUCAUUGUAACUGUGUCAAUGGUGUUGUGCAUUGUGAAAGAUCUUGUGACUGUAGCAGUGGCAAUGUGGAUACUUCUUGCUGUCCACAUUGUUAUAAAAAUAGGACUUGUAAACAUCAAGAAUCUUCAAAAAUAUUACAGAAUGGAGAAAAAUGGAUUUAUCAGUGCCAAACAUGUGAAUGUCUGAAUGGUGAGAUUGAUUGCUGGGAAAUGGAAUGCCCUCCUGUUUCUUGUAAUGAACCUACAUACCGACCAGGUGAUUGUUGUAUUCAUUGUGAAGAACAGACCUGCUCACAAAUAGUUUAUGGUAAUAAUCUGUCACUGAGUAUUGGUUGUAUGUAUCAUGAUCAUACUUACAAUUCAGGAGAAGUUGUACCAGCUACUCAUGAUCAGUGUGCUUCCUGCAAAUGUCAAGUUCCACACUGUGAACACUCGGUGAGCAAUACGGGUUAUAGUUCCCAUCGAAUGGACAGCUCUGCUGCUCAUAUAACUCCAAUUGUUUGGUUAAUAGUGAUGGCUCUGCUACUAGUAUGUCCUUGCAACGUGAUGUUUGGAAAAGGAAUUUUAACACCAACAGACUUGCUACCUCUCAAGAUCGUGCCAACACUGAAGGCCUGUUGGAUUUUUCUUUUGACACUUCAUCCCAUACAGAGGAUGACAGGUUAUCAAAGUCACUACUUUCUGUGUCAAAGGACUUCACAAUUCCUAGUAUUGCCAAAAAGGAAUCCAACAGCAAAAAGUUCAAUUCAGGCUCUCAAAAUUCCUAUCUAAUCAAGCGGUCCAGAAAAUUUCUGGUUGAUACACACAAUCAGCUAUAGUUUGAAGGAGUGCCUGUUAUACCUACUGCCAGUUAACAUACCAAUGAAAUUCCAAAUAAAAAGGAAUCAUUUCCUUUUAUGUUCCUGAAAUGAGAAGAAAGGGACAGUUCAUUGUUAGAUGGACUUGAGUUAACAGCUGUGAAGAUGUUUCCCAGAAAUAAAAUGAAAUAUUUGUUUGGAUUAUGAGGGAUCUAGUAAUAUAGUUAACUCAGUUUGACAAUUUCCUAAAAUGUACAAAACCUGCUUGUUGUGCCAUUUGAAAUUUGACUCUUCGGUUGUAAACAAGGUCCUGCUCAUAUUUAUUUAAACUUUUGAAUUUUUGCAUCUCACAAAUUUUUGAUACAACUUCAAGUAUAUUUGUUUCACUGACUUUAUAUAGACUGUGCACAUAUGCAAAAUACUUUUAAAUAUACUGUAAUUUGUAUAUAUAAUCUGUUAAAUGCUAGCCCGAAGCUAUCGUGUACUUAAUUUAUUUGAGAUGUGUAAUAUAUUGUCGAGUGACGGGUUCUGGCUAAACUAGCAGAAUUGUGAUGUUUCAUCGGUUGAGUGUGCCAUGCCUGAAACAAGACAGCUGUCAUUCAAGAGCUGGACUCUUGGACAAAUUUUCAAAUUUUUGCCUUCUAGCAUACUUCUGUUUCUUGCCAUGAUCUCUACAGUAGAGUUCUGAGCACCUAUUGUUUUUCAUCUAUAAUAAUAGUUACAGGGAAUUGUCAUGUUGUAAUUUGUAUGCAAAAAAGCCACAUUUAAGUGUCCAAGUACCGCACGGCUUCAGGUCACAGUAUUUUGGUGCCAGAAAUUAUUUUCGAACUCGACACCAAUGCAGUCACCCGUAGGAACAAGAAGCCUAGAACAAAAUUGCCUUUUUUUUAAAGUCCGAAUUCGGAAUGUUUUGGUUCCUACUAGCAACACGAGUCAAUCUCCAGGAAGCAUCUGGCAAGCGGGUAACGUGUGCCAGAGACGUCCCUGGCAGCUGGGGACAUCAGGCCUAUGCAAUACGUCUUCCUUUUUGAGAGGUUAAUUCUCUCCAUGACAACUAGUUCUUAAGUUAACCAUUUAGAAAUUUAGUGUUUUUUCGCUUUGUGUUUUUCAGAUGAAGGCACUAAACUCUGCUCGCUUCCGUAAUUCCAAUACUUGUAUAGCAGUCAAACAUAAGAUUCAAAAUAUUGCCAUAGAUGUUUUUCAAAUUGAACCAUGGGCCAUCUAGUCAAAUCAAAAAACUGUACGGAUUUGGCCCACUGCUGCCUCUCUCCGCCUCCACACACAGGUGGUUGCAAACAUACCAAUCUAUCAUAGAUAAGCUUCUUGUGAUCCGUAAGGUGGAACUCUACUACGAAAACAGUACUUCUCACUGAGGAGCCUGCCUCCUCCUAGCAAUUUUUUUGCUUUGUUUGUUGUAAUAUCAGUUAGGCAUGCACUCAUUAUUGUAUAACUGUUAGGGUCGUGGAAUGAUUCUUAAAUUGGAAAAUUGUAAGAUAAUGUAAAUAAUUAUACGUUCCCCUAUGAUUAAUAAAGUGAACAAAGAGAAUUUGUAA